AUGCCAUUUUCCGUUACAACAAAUCCAAGGUGGCAAACUAGAAACCAAAAUGAAAAAGAAGGUGGACAAACUAGAAACCAAGGUAGAAAAGGUAGAAAAGAUACAAGUCGAGCUAAAAUCCAAGGUAGAUGUAAUGCCAUUCAAAUUAACUGGAUUGUACUCACAAGCUUGAUUGGAGCGACCACAUUUAUGGGUGCAUUUGUACAACUGAUCUUUAUUCCAAACACAACUGAAAAAUCAUCAAUAGAAUUGUUAAAAAAAAACUUUUCGGAUAUGAAAACCACAUCGCAUUGGACAAAGGAUCAUAAUACUACACGCAAUCAAUUGAAAGAAAGACAAAAUAUCAGCAAUCUUUCAAGGACAAUAGGAAAAUCGCGAGUUGAAAAGGCAAAUUUACCAACACCUAUGUCUUUUUGUAAUAAUAAAGUCUCACGGAAUUGUUUACAAAUUCCCAUGAAACAUAAUAUCAAAGCAACGACGAAACAUGAAUCUAAAAAGCAUGGUAUAAAGGCUUCUCUAGAACAAGCUAACGGUGAUCAGACUGAAAUUUUAAAUGAAAUGAAUACUAUAGAAAAAAAUUCAAACCAUCGUGAGAUUAUGUCAGAGCUUACAGCAACAAUGAAGAAACGGGAAAUUCAAAUUUCGAAAUCAAUGGAUGAACAAUUUGAAUCAAGCAAGAUGACCAUUACCGAAUUUCUCUCGGUCUAUCUUGAGAAAGAGGAUAAUUUUAUCAACAAAAUCGCAUGCGAUUAUAAGGAUAAAAUGGAUGAAUAUGCCGAUGAAAGACUUAAUUGCUUGAGAAAACUUCGAUUCGGAUUUGAAAAAUAUCAAUUGACGGCUUCUACACUGCUUGAAACUUUAGAAAAUAAUCAUUCUCAAAAAAUGCGCACGAGAAGAGACUUCGAUAAAGAUAUCGAACGGAUGCGUUCAAUCCAUCAACUUGAAAUAAAGCAAUUAUGUAAAAAAAUAGAAGAAUUUUCGGAAUCUUUUCACAAAACCAUGUCAAUUAUUGCAAAGGAAACUCAAAGGAAACCAUUCGCCAAUGAGUUAAAAUCUAUCCUUAAAUUAUAA